AGCUUUGUGAGGUCACAGCUUGCAGGCCAGGUUAGGGCAGGAGUAUGGUAGAGAUGCUGCCAACUGUCGUUGCGCUGGUCCUGGCAGUGUCCGUGGUUGCCAAGGAUAACACCACGUGUGAUGGCCCCUGUGGGUUACGAUUCAGGCAGAACCCACAAGCAGGUAUCCGGAUUGUCGGAGGGCAGACUUCGUCGCCUGGGGCCUGGCCCUGGAUGGUCAGUUUACAGAUCUUCACGUCCCAUAACAGCCGUAGGUAUCACGCCUGCGGAGGCAGCCUACUGAACUCCCACUGGGUGCUCACGGCUGCUCACUGCUUCGAUAACAAAAAAAAAGUCUAUGACUGGAGACUGGUUUUUGGAGCCCAUGAAAUUGAAUACGGAAGAAACAAGCCAGUGAAAGAGCCCCAGCAGGAAAGAUACGUGCAGAAAAUUGUCAUCCACGAGAAAUACAACGCUGUGACCGAGGGGAACGACAUUGCCCUCUUGAAAGUCACUCCUCCUGUUACAUGUGGGGACUUCGUUGGGCCUGGCUGCCUACCUCAUUUUAAGUCUGGUCCUCCCAGAAUCCCCCACACCUGCUACGUGACUGGGUGGGGAUACAUAAAAGAUAACGCCCCCAGACCAUCACCUGUCCUGAUGGAGGCCCGCGUGGAUCUCAUUGACCUCGACCUGUGUAACUCCACCCAGUGGUACAAUGGGCGUGUCACAUCAACUAAUGUGUGCGCAGGGUAUCCUGAAGGCAAGAUUGACACCUGCCAGGGCCAGCAGCUCCAGUGACUUGGGAUAGUGUCUGCCAUCUGUUCCUACUGAGAACAUGUCGUCACACUUAGCAUCUGACCCCAACAUUAGCAUACAGAACACAUUGCCCCAAACCGGUCCUCUUUUUUUUUUUGCAUUUUUUAUUGGAUAUUUUUAAUUUACAUUUCAAAUGUUAUUACCUUUCCUGAUUUCCCGUCCAUAAGCCCCCUAUCCCAUCCCCCUCCCUUUCUGCUAUAAGGGUCAAACUGGCUCUUGAAGACAAUGCUUUUCUCUUCCCCAUAACACCAAGCUCCCAGAGCCACCAGUGUUCACGCAUGCACGUAAAGCCACAUGCAUGUCUUUGUACGCUCAUCUUAUAGCAAGGCGUCUCAGGACCCCUUCCCCACCCACCCUCCGCAUCCCAACGUAUAUUUGCAACACUCAACCUUACCAGUUGAGUCUAAGGCAGGCAGGAAACUAUGUGGCCGCUGGCAUUGUUCUCCCAUAGCCCCAUGAGCCUUCUGGGAAGGGAGAGUGGUUCAGGCUGAAAGUGACCCCUCUGUCCUUCUGGACAGGGGGACAGUGGUGGGCCUCUCAUGUGCAGAGACAGCGUCGACAGCCCCUUUGUGAUCGUGGGGAUCACGAGCUGGGGGGUAGGCUGUGCCCGUGCUAAGCGUCCUGGAGUCUACACAGCCACCUGGGACUACCUGGACUGGAUUGCUUCCAAGAUCGGCCCUACCGCCUUGCACUUGAUUCAACCGGCCACCCCUCACCCACCUACAACCCAGCAACCGGUCAUCUCUUUCCACCCUCCUUCGAUCCACCCUCCUUGGUACUUCCAACACCUGUCUCCUCGGCCGCCUCACCUACGACCGCCUCGGCCUCUGCUCCAUCAGCCGUCUUCAGUCCAUACCUCCUCAGCUCCAGUCAUACCUCUACUCUCCCUGCUCACCCCAGUCCAGCCUGUGUCCUUUACCCUUGCUGCGUACCACACAAGGCACCACACAACGCUGUCUUUUGCUCGGCGUCUACAGCAUCUCAUAGAGGCCCUGAAGAUGAGAACUUACCCUAUAAAAUAUCCCUCCCGGUACAGUGGACCUGUGAACUACCAGCACCGCUUCUCCACGUUCGAGCCCCUUUCCAACAAACCCAGUGAGCCCCUCCUCCAUUCCUGAGAAAAGAGAAAAGAGUGAAAUACACACACACACACACACACACACACACACACACACACACACACGAGGACAUGCUUUCUGGACUUCUGUUUUCUCCAACUCAACCCAAAUCUUCCUCCAUCAAAUCUACGUCCUCCCUCCUCAGCUCCAAUAAAAUGGAAUUUCUCAUACACUCAUAUUAUUUUUUUUAAAU